AUGAACACCCACCAGCCUGUCUCGUCUGCCAUUCAGGGCGUCGAGUUCGGCUUCCUCGCGGCCAACGACAUUCGCUCUCUCUCGGUGAAGCGCAUAACGAACCCAACAACCUUUGAUACUCUGCUGCAUCCAGUACCUGGAGGCCUACAUGACUCCGCAUUAGGCGCGUUUUUGGACAACCCAUGCUCAACAUGCGGCCUUACCACCUUUGGCGGAUGUCCCGGCCACUGCGGUCAUAUUGAGCUCCCCGUACCCGUAUACCACCUCACAUUCCUGGACCAGCUGCUGCGACUGCUCCGAGGCAAAUGCGUCUACUGCCAUCAGUUCAAGCUCGCCCGCGUACAGAUCAACGAAUACGUGUCGAGGCUACGAUUGAUACGAUGUGGGCUGGUCCAGGAAGCAAACGAAAUGCACGAGCAUGUCGACAUCAACAAGGGGAAGACCGGAAAGCGCAAUGUAGAGGACUCGGAAUCUGAUGACGACAACGAGGACAUUAUGGGUCAACGUAACAACUACGUGAAGCGGUGCAUCAAGCGGGCGGGCAUUUCGAAGCACGACGUGAGAUCCAUGCGAGAGAAAAAUGACACCAUUUCGGAGGCUCGGCGAAUCGUGAUCAAGGACUUCUAUGCGGCAAUCAUAGCAGGAAAGAAAUGCAAGAACUGUCAGGGUGUUAAUCCUACUUUCCGCAAGGACCGAGGAAUCAAAAUCUUCAGAAGAAAUCUGAGUCAGAAAGAGAAGGCGCAAAUGGCGCAAGCAGAGAAGCGCGUGCAGAACCCACUCGACAUCCUCGCACGGCGAGACGCGAAAGCGAAGAAGCAGCCAGUGCACGCCGAUGAAGGAGUGGCCGACAUGUCUGAGGAGGAUGAAGACAUCGACAUGGACGACUUUCAAGACGCCGACGGAUCUCUCGUGGCUACCGAAGCAGGGACAGCGCGGAAGUCAAGAACGGCAGUCGAUGCCGCUGACAGUGCACAAGAAUACAUCACGGCAGCCGAAGUCAGAGCCGCCAUGGUCUUACUUUUCGAGAAUGAGUCAGAGAUAGUGCGGUUACUGUACAGCCCAUACGCAUCCAAGUCGCUCAUCGACGUGAGCGCAGACAUGUUCUUCAUGGAGACCGUCGUUGUGCCGCCCAAUAGAUUCAGGAUGGAGGACAAGACUGGAGACUCCAUCGCAGAGUCGCCAAAGAACACUCUCUACAAAGGCAUUCUGAAUGCAUGCGAUGCUAUGCGCCAGAUUAGUAAUGAGAUGAAGGGUCAAGAGAACGAGGGUGGGUACCGACGCCGCAACUUCGACGAUCUGCAGACUCAAUGGGUAAACCUUCAGGGUGCCGUGAACGCACUGAUCGAUCGUGAUGCAAACCCUACUCAAGGCCGCGCCGCGGUCACCAAUGCGGAUGGUAUCAAGCAGCAUCUCGAGAAGAAAGACGGUCUUUUCCGAAAGAAUAUGAUGGGCAAGCGCGUCAAUUUCGCUGCUCGUAGUGUUAUUUCUCCUGAUCCCAACAUUGAAACCAAUGAGAUUGGUGUCCCCCCAGUUUUCGCCAUGAAGCUCACCUACCCUGAGCCUGUCACAAACCACAACUUCUACGACCUAAAGGAAGCCGUGCUCAAUGGGCCCGACAAAUGGCCUGGUGCACACGCAAUCGAGAACGAGUUCGGACAAGUCAUUGCGUUGCGUAAAAAGAACUACGAAGAGAGGCUGGCCUUGGCGAAUCAACUGCUUGCACCUUCGAACUCAUAUGCUAAUGGAUCAAAGAACAAGAAAGUACAUCGUCAUUUGAACAACGGCGACGUUGUUAUCAUGAAUCGACAACCGACACUUCACAAGCCGUCUAUGAUGGCCCAUCGAGCCCGGGUCUUACCUGGCGAGAAAACGAUUCGAAUGCAUUACGCAAACUGCAAUACUUACAAUGCCGAUUUUGACGGUGACGAAAUGAACAUGCAUUUCCCUCAGAACGAACUGGCUCGCGCCGAGGCCAUGACGAUUGCGGACACGGAUCAUCAAUAUCUAUCUGCCACAGCCGGCAAGCCUUUGCGGGGUUUGAUCCAGGAUCAUAUUUCGAUGGGGGUCUGGCUCACGAAUAAGGAUACCUUCUUCACUAGAGAAGAUUACCACCAAUUACUCUACUCCUGCUUGCGACCUGAAGAAGGUCAUACGACCUCUGGUAGACUUGAGACGGUCCCACCCACCAUAUGGAAGCCUCAGCCACUGUGGACGGGUAAACAGAUCAUCACCAGCGUGCUCAAGAACAUCAAACCUGCAGAGUACCAGGAAUUGACGCUCACGUCUAAAUCAUCGACCAACGGAAAGCUGUGGGGACCAACAAGCGAGGAGCAGACGGUUAUCGUGAAGGAUGGCCAACUGCUGUGCGGUAUCAUGGACAAGAGCCAAAUUGGUCCCGCACCGGGCGGUUUGAUCAAUGGUAUAUACGAAGCUUACGGUGAAACGAUCGCAGGGCGAGCUCUGAGUAUCAUCGGGCGACUUCUCACCAAGCUACUUCACAUGCGCGCGUUCUCCUGCGGUGUUGAAGAUCUUAUCUUGACAGAAGAAGGUGAUAGAGCGCGGUUGGAAGAGCUCAGGAAAGCUGAACAAGUUGGUUUCGAAGUAGCGUCCAAGUACGUCACUAUGGACUCAGCCGAGAUUGACUCGAAAAACCCGGAGCUACGGAGACGUAUGGAGAGCGUCCUACGAGAUGAUCACAAGCAACACGGGUUGGAUCUGCUCACCACCACCGCGAACCAGAAAAUUUCUUCGGCAGUCACCGCGGCGUGUCUCCCAGAUAAGCUCAUCAAGCUUUUCCCGAAGAACCAAAUGCAAGCCAUGACAGGUUCAGGUGCUAAAGGCUCUCUGGUCAACGCCAACCAGAUCUCAUGUAAUCUCGGUCAACAGGUUCUUGAAGGUCGACGUGUUCCUAUCAUGGUCAGUGGAAAGACACUACCAUGUUUCAAGCCAUUCGAGACCAGUGUUCGCGCCGGUGGAUACAUCGUCAACCGCUUCCUAACUGGUGUUAGGCCACAGGAGUAUUACUUUCAUAUGAUGGCUGGCCGAGAAGGUCUCAUUGAUACAGCUGUCAAGACCUCGCGUUCUGGUUAUUUGCAACGAUGUAUCGUCAAAGGUUUGGAAGGACUGCACGUCGAAUACGAUACCUCUGUGCGCGAUUCAGAUGGCAGCAUGGUACAAUUCCUCUACGGUGAAGAUGGUCUCGACACGACCAGGCAGAAAUACUUGAACGACUUCAAGUUCCAGGCCGAGAAUUUUCUGUCUCUUGCUCAAGCCUUGCAGACCCAGGAAGCCUUUUCCCAGGUGUUCAGUCCUGAGGCUUCCGAGCACAACAAGAAGGCUGCGAAGAAGGCUCGCAAGGGUGAUGUCACAGCAAUGGACCCAGCUACUGCAAUCUACACGCCUUCGCGUCACAGUGGCAGUACUUCCGAACUAUUCCACCAGGCAAAGAAAGAGUACUGCGAUAGCAACCCGGAUAAGCUACUCAAAAACAAGAAGAAGGACCCGGAGGGUGAAAUUCUCAAGAAAAGCUUUGAGCAGAUGCUCGACCUCAAGUAUCUCCGAUCGCUAGUUGAGCCUGGUGAAGCCGUUGGUGUCGUCGCUGGUCAAUCCAUCGGUGAACCCUCGACACAGAUGACACUGAACACUUUCCAUUUAGCUGGUCACUCUGCGAAGAACGUCACACUUGGUAUUCCCCGCUUACGAGAAAUUGUUAUGACUGCUAGUGCAAAGAUCUCCACGCCGUCUAUGCAACUAUACCCACAUUCGGAACUGUCCAAGGAGGAUAAUGAGAAGUUUGCCAAGAGUAUCACUCGUCUGCCGCUCUCGGCCGUGCUAGAUAAAGUCACUGUCACUGAAACUUCUGGCCCUGGAUCGCAGUUCGGUCAAUCAAGGAGCUACAAAGUUCGCUUGGACUUCUACCCGGCCAAGGAGUACACAAAAGAGUAUGCCAUCAAGGUUCGCGAUGUUGCGGAGUCAAUCGAGCAGAAGUUCUGCCCGCGUCUUCAGAAAGUCAUCCGCGUCGAUCUAAAGAAGAAGGGGGAGAACAAGUCGUUAUCCACCGCAAACUCUACAUCCAUUCCUACGAUCGGAGAGGGACUACGCUCGAUCGACCAGCCAACAACCGGUGAACCUGAUCUUGCGGCCAACAGGGAAGGUGGCCGUGAGGACGAAGAAAGCGACGAUGGUGAAGGUGACGACGACGCAGCCCAAGCUAAAGCCCGGGGUCGGCGAGAAGACAGCGUAGGCUACGACGAGCCAGAGGACGAAGAACAAGCCUUCAAUGACAAUCUCGAUCGUGAAGAGGCGAGCGAAGACGACGAAACGUACGGUGGCAGCCCCAAACCGUCGCGCGCAACCACACCUGACUUUGACUCGGAAGACGACGGCGAGGAUAUUCUGGUUCCCACCGACGAAGCCUCUGACAUUCGCCGCGACCGCAUCUGUAACAAGAACCCCGAUGUCUUCGACUUCACCUUCGACGACAGAAAAGGCGCCUUCUGCGAAAUCACUUUCGAGUUCCCCGCCGCCACGCCCAAAUUGCUCAUGCUGCACCAUGUCGAAGCCACCGCAGACUUUGCGACUAUUCACGUCAUCCCCGGAAUCACCGCCGCUACCUAUGGAUCGGACCCCGAGCCGGUUAUAAACACCGAUGGUUCAAACCUGAUCGCCAUGCGCGAGUACUCUCACAUCAUUGACGUAAACCGCAUCCUCACCAAUGACAUCGUCUCCAUGCUACACCUCUACGGCGUAGAGGCCUGUCGCGCUACCAUUGUCAGAGAAAUGCACAACGUUUUCUCCGGCCACGGUAUUAAUGUCGACCAGCGCCAUCUUAACCUCAUUGCUGAUACCAUGACGAAGGGUGGCGGCUUCACGCCGUUCAAUCGUAUUGGCCUGAAGGGCAAUGUCAGUCCGUUUAUGAAGAUGAGCUUCGAGACGACAGUAGGGUUCUUGAAGGACGCGGUACUCGAGAGAGAUUGGGACGAUCUGAAGAAUCCGAGUGCGCGCAUCGUUGUGGGCCGACUCGGAGGCAUCGGAACGGGUGCCUUUGACGUCCUAGCCCCGGUGACGGUAGUCGACCCGCUGAAGCAGAGCAUCGAGGAAAUCGAGGAAGUAGUACAGGAGGGAAUUGAGGGUGAUGAGGAUACGGGCGAGGAUGUGACGAUGCAGGAUGUGGAGCAUGUUCUUGCUGGUGCUGUGCAGGAAGUCGUGACCACCCAGGAGACGCCCAGCAAGAAGCAGAAAAAGCACAGGCGGAGCAGCGAUUAG